AUGGCCAAGGUAGCCAGUUCUGCCCGCGCUCCGAGCGCCCACACUGCUGCUAAGGCCACGCGUGUCGGGAACUCCACGCGGAAGAGAGGCAAGAAGAAAAGACCUGCGAAGGGAGCAGGUGGGAGGCCGGGUGGCGGCUCCGGGGCUGCGGCCGUGCGGCCUCCCACGGCCCCGGAGGACUUUUCCCAGAACUGGAAGGCGCUGCAGGAGCUGCUGAGACAGAAACUGCAGGCCUCAGAAAAGCCUCCUGUUCCCCAAGUGAGGGACAGAAAGCAGCCCGACAUGACCCAGCGAGACAGAGCCGGGGGUGACGGGACACCGGUGGAGAACAGGCCCACGGUCACCCGGAACUCUGUUCGCUCAGGCCCAGGGAGGCACCAGAAGGGGCCACUGCCCCCCACGGGGGCCGGGCAGGCCGGCAGGACGCGUGGGGACGUUUCUGUGCAACACAAGCACACGAGACACCGGAAGCGGAAAGCUGAGGCUGCGGCCCCGGUCCCGCCCACAGAGGAAGACAUCUGGUUCGACGAUGUUGACCCGGAGGACAUCGAAGCCGCCAUGGGCCCUGAGGCAGCCCGGAUAGCGAGAAGCCAACUGGGGCUGAAGGAGAGCCAUGUGAGCCUGGUUAAAGAGCAGGCCUUCGGCGGGCUGACGAGAGCCUUGGCCUUGGACUGUGAGAUGGUGGGAGUGGGCCCCCAAGGCGAGGAGAGCGUCGCCGCCCGCGUGUCCAUCGUGAACCGCUACGGCAAGUGCGUGUAUGACAAGUUCAUCAGGCCUGCCGAGCCGGUGACCGACUACAGGACGGAAGUCAGUGGCGUGCGGCCCGAGGACCUCAGAAACGGCGAGGAGCUGGGGGUCGUGCAGAAGGAGGUGGCUGCGAUGCUGCGGGGCAGGAUCCUUGUCGGACACGCGCUGCACAAUGACCUCAAGGUACUGUUCCUUGACCACCCAAAAAAGAAGAUCCGAGACACACAGAAGUACAAGCCCUUCAAGAGGCAAGCGAAGAGCCUACGGCCCUCCCUGAAGCUGUUGGCGGAAAGGAUCCUGGGGCUCCGGGUCCAGCAGGCAGAGCACUGUUCGAUUGAGGACGCUCAGGUGGCCAUGAGGCUGUACGUCUCGGUGAAGAAGGAGUGGGAGAGCCAUGCCAGAGAACGGGGCGCGCGGGGGGACACCCCCGGGAAGUGCAGCAAGGACGCCUAACCCUGUGGGCACCCUGCCUCACGUGGCGGGGCCAGGGCGUUACUGGGCAUAGCCCUCCUCCAAGAGACCCCUCUGUGCCAGGAGAUGAAAUGUGAAGGAAAUGACUGGAGACUUCAGUUAAAUCUGAGAUGCAGCUGGCCAGCUGUGGGGCGGACUGGCUGUGGCCAUGGACGCG